GCAACACGACAGAAGGUGGAUUUACGUUGCAUUCAUGGCCCAAGAAUGUUCAAACUGCAAAGAUUUGGACACGUUUUGCAAGAAGUUCAAGGGCACGUUGGGCGGCUACGAAGAAGUGGUCUCUCCUCUGCUCUGCACAUUUUACUGAAGACUCGGACGAGACCUCUGAUCUGUUGAGGAGUGUUGGCUAUAAGCCCGUAUUGAAAGAGGGUGCAAUACCAACAAUUAAAGGAAAAGAAAACUACAAGAAAAGGAAAGUAUUUUAUUUUUUUAAAAAGGAAGGUUCAGUUGCACCAGUCCUCCCAGUGUGAGCCGAGGGUUGUUGGUAAAACCCGGGAUGGAACGUGACAUGACGGGACAUAUCGCUCGGGCAGUGACCUCCCCGCAGUUGUUGCUAAAACCGGUGAUGUCCCGUUCCGUCCCGGGUUUUAGUAAUUGCCUGAGCCAGCAGUAAUGGUGGAGUACUCAGUAUGGACAAAAUAUAGAAUGAGUGGAGCAGCCAUCUUAUUUCUAAACUGGAUAUUGCUUCCAUCUCGCCCUUACGUGGAAGAAGCGAAUGAACGGAGAACUGAACGAACAACUGAAAGUCAGAUUGUUUCAAAACAAUCGGCCACAAGAUCGGCCUUCAAGAAGCGAAAACACAGACGGGUGUUGGAUCCCUUCCAAACUGUACUAGCAGCAAAUAAAGCAGUUCACGUGCAGAAGAUUGGAAAAAUGAAGACAAGGAGCUUGUACUCUGAAAUCAUCUUCAACCUUUCACCAACAAACAAUAUCUCUGAGGCUUUUAAAAGGUUCGGAAUCUCAGACAAUGACCAUGCAGUUCUCAUCGUCCUGGUUCAUAACAAAGAGGACGCAAACAACAAGGAUGACCUCCUGUCUAAAGUGGACGGCCAGCAGAUCCCAGCUGAUCAAAUAUCCACCCUCAGUGAUCUGGCCAAGAUUAAAAAGCUUUACAAAGUUGCGCCCCAAGAGGAAAAGUGUGGAAGUAUUUUGGAUGCUGUUAUCUGCAGAAUGGCUGCGAAGGAUGUUAUAUAGCUCCUUUUUUUUAUUAUGUCAAUAUGUUAUAUUUAUUUCUGUUAAAAACAAAAUUAGAGGAUUUUUUUUUAACAAUUAAAACAAAUUUGAUCCAA